AUUGAUUCGGAAAGUGUCCGCGGUGUGCUCAACGGUCGUGAGGUUGGCCUUGGAAUCGCUCACAAGUCCCCAGACGGACGACGAGUGACUUAUAUUUUCCACGGUGAAGAUCAUACUUUAGGCGCCGCUCUGCGUUUUUGUAUUCUUCACGGCACUCGGGCUUCGUUCUGCGGUUACUGUGUCCCCCAUCCACUAGAGGAUAAGAUUAAUUUUGACAUUCAAGUGAAGAGCGGUUCGGCGCAUGAAGUACUGUGCGAGGGCUUGCAAUGUCUACAGGAUUGCUUUAUGCACAUCAGAUCGGCAUUCAAGAAAGCAGCGUCGGAUUACAAAGUAGCAUCGAAAUAA